UGGGACGGCCGGUAGGGUCCCCGCGGUGCGCCGGCCGCCCGGGGGUCACCGUGCCCGGCGGUGGCACCGGGCGGGACACGGGGGUCCCGGGGACACACGUGCGGCAGGUGGGUGUGCGUGGGCGGGCGCGUGGCUCCGCCGAGGCUCCGGUGAGCCCCCCGAGGCGGGGGGACCCCUCUUCACCGGGGCCAUGCUGGGGGGUCCCGAGAGGGGUGCGGGGCGCCUGCGAAUCUGCGAGCGGACCAAGCUGGUGCUGGUGGAGAUCGACACGGUGGCGUGUUGCAGCGCGGGCACCGGCAUGGCCGCGGGGUGCCGGCCCGAGCCCCCCUGGACCUACCGCCGCAUCGCCGGGGAGUACGCGUACCUGGAGAAGCGCUUUGUGGCCGAGCUGGCCCCGCCCUGGCCCCCGGUGCCCCCCACUCCCCCCUGUCGCCUGCAGGACUUCGCCGCYCGGCCCCGGGUGCCCCCCAACCCCUGCCCCCCACGACAGCCCGAAGGGACGGGGGGCAGUGGGCCCUGGAGGGGGCUCCCYGUGCCUGCACCCCGGCCCUCAGUGUCGGGGGACAAGCUGGUCCCUCCCACCUACGAGGUCCACAUGCAGCGGGUGCAGGCGGCCCACGCCCGCCGCGGGGGACCCCCACCUUACAUCUCCCCCCCUGCYUACGACGGUCCCCACCGCACCCUGCAGCUCCGCCCCCUGCGAGGACCCCGCAGCCCCCCGCCGGCAUCCCGRACCCGGGCCGCCGUACCGGGGGGCUGGUGGAGCCACACGCUGCCCCGGGCGGCCACCGAGGCCAAGCACCGCUGGCCCCGCGGGAUGCAGCCGUCCCCGGCGGGGCCCGGCACCCCCCGGCACUGCCAGACGCUGCCACGGGCUGCGGCCGGCCGGGAGCGGGUGCCGGGACGCGGGAGGGGACGGCGGGGGACGGGGGGACACGUCCUCAUUGAYGCCACCCGCGUGGUGGUCCGAGCCCAGUACGUGCCGCCCCCGCAGCGCCAGCAGGUCCGCUAUGCCAGGGGGUCCCCGGGGCCCGACACCCCUCCUCGCAGCCCUUCCGUGCCCCCCGGCGUUGUCAGCCCCUCCGCCGCGCCCUCGCCUUCCCGGGAGCCUGCCGGCAGCCCCCGCAGCCCGUGGCGGAGCCCGGGGGGCUGCAGGGGUCCCCGGGGGCGGCCCCCGCCGCGGCGGCCGGUGCUGUACGCUCAGGCGCUCCGCGAAGCCGUGUCCCGCAUCCGCCGGCACACGGCGCCCGACUCCGACUCGGAGGCCGAGGGGAGCGUGGGGGGGUCCCGGCAGCGGCUCUGCCGAGACCCCCGCGCCUACAGCAGCAGCAGCAGCAGCCUGGAGAGCACCGGGGCACCCCCGGGUCCCGCCAGCCCCACCCCCGCCUGAGGAAUGGGGCUCGCCGGGGUGUGGCACGUCUG